UACACCCACAGUCAGUCUCCCUUUUCCCCAAAAAACACACUACAGCGGGGCGUGGCGCGUCCACGGCCGGGAGGAGCCUUUUUGGGGGGCUGACUGUGUCGGUGAACUCUCCCACACAAAGGAGAGGAAACAAAACAAAGCCAGGAACUGGAAGCCUGACAUUAACUUCUCAUGCGGUGCCUUUUACCGUAGCCGCCAAAAAAACAGGGAUGCAUUGACUUGAUUUGCUUUUAAAAAAGCCUGUUUCCAAGACCUCGGAGAGAGGAAGAUAGCACCUUUAGGUGAUGGUGAGACCGCAUUGGACUGUAUGCGCAUCUGAGAGCGCUCUGUCCUGAAUGCGGAAACGGUGGCGUUGCGCCUCCUGCAGAGUCAGCUGUGCGGCGUCGCGAUGAACGGGAGUCGGUGCGGCGCGGCGGCGGCGGCGGCGGACUCGGUCGGCUCGGUGGAGGGUCUGCCGCCGCUGCCCAAAGGCCUGAGCGGGAUCCUUAACUCCAGCGGCGGCUCGUGGCGGGACAUCGAGAAGGUGCACAGCAAGAGAGCGCGCAUCCAGGCCGACAUCAGCCGGGGCGGCGGAGACGUGCCGCGCGGUCACGCCAAAGCGGGUGGACUGGACGCUGCUCUGGCUCUGCUGCGGAAAGAGAUGGUGGGCCUGCGUCAGCUCGACAUGUCUCUGCUGUGCCAGCUGUGGUCUCUCAACGAGGCCAUCCAGGAAUAUAAGGGCUAUUCGCUUCUGUCUCAGGCCUCCCUCACUGCUGAUAAUGGAUCAUCUGAGGAGGAGGAUGAAGAUGAUGAGGAGACAGGGGUUGUCUCACAGCCUCUGUCCUCCUCCUCCUCCUCCUCCUUGUCCUUGCCUCUACCUAGCAGCAACUCCAGAGACCAAUGGAUCAAAGACUCCUUUCAUAUUCCCUGAUGAAGAUACUCACACACGCACCAUGAACUGUAUUGCUUCCUCAAAGGUCAUGUCCCUGACCUUUAGGCACCAUUUACACUAGUUUUUAUAGCAUGAAACUUCUGACUAGAAGGCUGGGGGCCAAUCAAAAGACAUCAAAUCAAUAGUUCUGGGUGUUGACCGGCUUUUUAUUCUAAUAUUGCACUGCCUGGGUGUUAUAUUUCCCAUCAAUUGUAUAUCUCAGCAGAAAUUAAGGCCACCUAAAAGAGAAAAUAAAAUCAAGAUGGACAAGUGAGACCAAAUGUUACCACCCUAUUGCUCUUCAUUGCAUAAUAUUCAUGCUACUACAUGCUGCUUGCUUGUCAGUGAAAUUGAGCCAGGUGAAAUAUUUCUAAGAAUUACUGUAGGUCUCAUUCCACUUGUGACACACGCCUGUUUGUGGUUUCCUGAUCAUUUCAGACUUUUUAAACUCCCUGUUCUGUAAAUCAAGCAGGACAAACUUUCGAAUCGCACAGAAUUUUCUGCCAUUUAGUGUCUUGACUUAAGUAAAGAAAUGUCGUCCUUCAUCUGACCCAAAUAUAAGGAGGAAUUCAUUUUAAAAUCACGUAUAGCUUGUUGUUCAAUUAAACCAGACAGUAAUAAAUGUCCCCAACCUAAACAUUUCCUUUUGAAUUACAAGCUAAAAAAAAAUACGUAAAUUCUUUAGAAGUAGUAUCUUGGCUGCCUAUAAAAUGUUAACACCAUUGAAGUUUUUGUAACCUUGGUUCAUGUUGUAUGUGCUAAUUAUUAAACUAAAGGCUCAUUCUGGUGGGAUUCUGCUUU